UUGUUUCUUUGUUUCACAAUUUCGCCACAUGUUGUACUGAGUAUAAUUGUGUAUAGUGACAAACAAACUUGAUUUGAUUUGAUCAGCAUUUCCAUGAAGCAGAGUACUGAUUUCUUACUGUGAAUGCCUGGUAGCCUUUGCUGCAGUUGAGAAGGCCAGCUGAAAAGACAAAUAGGGCUAGAGGGACAUCUAGUGGAGAAUACUGCAAAACAGUCCAGACCUUCAGCAGCACAUUCACUAUAGCAACAAUCUGAAUGUCAUGUAGUGUAUAGUUUGCUGAUUACAGAUCACACCUGAGGAUGUGCUCUUCAGGGACACAGUGACACAGCUUCCAUGAAACAGAAACACAGAGGCCUAUUCAUACAGUGUGCUAAAGAAAGAAAUCUAUCCUCCUGUGUAUCUGGACACUGUGCCUAUCACACGCUGCUAUCUGCGCUGCAGGCUCCUCCCCGCUCUGUACCCUGCAGCCGCGCACACAAACGGGACAGGACACUGCGAAAUCUCACCGAAACUCACCAACAGAGCCAUGACAGAGUCUGCAGGCCGCUGUCCCUCCACCUCCUCUGUCUCUUCCAUCUCUCUGGUGGAGAUCAAGGCCGAGACUCAUCUAGUCCUCCAAGCUUUCCUCCAUCGGACCCUUUCUGUCCCCUUGAAAGAGAGGCCUGGCGGAGUAGGAGGCGCCUACAGAGAUCACAAUAAGUUCAGCGCCAAGCCACAACCAAAGGCAAAGGAUGUGCAGGAUUCUCAGGUGGAAGAUGUCAGUUCAGCCGAUGAGAAGAAGACCAGCUUGAAGGGCUUCAUAAAGCAGCUGCCUCGUCGUAACACCUCACGCCGCGCUGCCAAAGACCCCAAAGGCUCACUGGACAGGGACAGCAGGGCAAAAACGUCACAUCUCAGAGACCGAACAGAAGAUGAUGUCAUGUCCUCUUCAUCAGACGAAGAGGACAGUGACAAGAGACAGCAGAAGAAGCUGAAACAAAAGAGGAUUUAUAAAAAGAUCUCCAAGUUCUUCAAGUUAAAGUUAGAGAAAGAGAAGGACAAAGAGGAGCAUGGAGCUCAUCCUCAGAGGCCUCACACGUUGUCAAUCAACAAGGAACCAGAGCCUUUGCCGACCGUCAUCUCGCCCAACCACCCUCCUGAGUUCUAUAAUGAAGUAGCAGAGAAGCUGGAAAAAAUUGCCAAGAAGUCCACCAGUAUGAAGAAACUGGCUCCCACAGUCCAGCAUUCAGCAGCAGUGAGUGAGAAAGAGACAGUGGUUCGGGAGCUUGUUCAGGUGCUCUCUUUGGAGGGAGAUUCCAUCAACAGUAAGAUCGAAGCGAACCCCUUCCUGCGCUCCAGCUUGGAUCGUCUUUCCUAUGCAUCCUUUGCCAAGCUUCUAGAGACUUUCAGCAGCAGUCAAGUAUCUGAGACCCCAGCCGAGCCGCCAACAGCUAGUCAAACACUGCGCCACAUAGCUGUCACUAUGGAGGUAUCACGGCGGAUAGUGACCGCCACAGGAGCCCAGCGCAUGCAAGGCUACGCGGAGUGCUAUAUGGAGACCUUUGUCCCCUGGGUCAAGAGCCAUGGAGGAUGGGAGAAUGUGGUACACAUGGACGACUCUGUAGAGUACGACUGAGUUCUAGGAGCUCCCACGUGUCUUGGUUUAUUCCAACUAUCCACUGGUCAACUCUGAGCUCUGGAUCGUGACUGCAAAGUGAGGAGAGACGGAUGGUCUUUACUCUGCUUUUCCACAUCUGGACUGUGAAAUGACUCCAGAAGCCCCUUUGAUUUAUGUUGAUCUGGGAUCUGGACAUCAGAAAGUACUUUGACUGUUUUUACAUGGUCAGAAGAAGAAGCUAUUUGUUGCUCAUGAUGAGUGUGGAUUAUUUUAUGAAGACCUGAGAGGCUAGAUGUUAGAAGAAAGCAGUAAAUGUUCUGAUUGUUUGACGGCGGUUACAUUCUAAAGCUGCAGAUACAGACACUGCCACAUACUGCUAGUGUGCCAUAAGGGAUGAUUGAGGGGAAUUCCUUUUGAAUGAGUCUGUACAUUGUUAUAAUAUCACAGAGUACGGACUAAACCUGCUCUAUAUGAAAAGUGCAAUGAGAUAACCUCUGUUAUGUAU